AACGCAACGACGCACGAGCGUGCUCCCGUCAGCUGAUCAGUGAGCCGCUGCGGAAUUACCCAGCGUCGCUGCGAUAUUUUCAUUAAAUCAACGGCAAAACUACAAUGAAACGAUAAAACAGCAGCUCCGUAUCGCAGAAAACAUGUCAGGAAACAGUCUGGUUUUACCCAUCGUCCUGUGGAGUCGCAAUGCGCCCACUCACUGUAUCUCCAGCCUGCUGGUGAUGGAGGAUCUGGCAACCAUCAUCACCGGCAGCCAUGAUGGACAGAUCUGCAUCUGGGACAUGACCCCCGAGCUGGAGAUUAAUCCUCGUGCUCUGCUGUUUGGACACACCGCCUCCGUCACCUGUCUGUCCAAGGCCAGCGCAGGAAGUGAAAAACAGUACCUCGUCAGCGCUUCUGAAAGCGGGGAAAUGUGUUUAUGGGACGUCAAUGACGGACGCUGUAUUGAGUUCACCAAACUGGCCUGUGCACACACCGGUAUACAGUUUUAUCAGUUCACCAUCGGCACACAGAGAGAAGGUCGUCUCUUGUGUCACGGACAUUACCCAGAAAUCCUUGUGAUGGACGCCACCAGUCUGGAGGUGCUUUAUUCGCUUGUGUCCAAGAUUUCACCGGAUUGGAUCAGCUCUAUGAGCAUCAUCCGCUCGCAUCGCACACAAGAGGACACAGUGGUGGCAGUUUCAGUCACUGGUAUUCUGAAGGUGUGGAUCAUCACUGCUGACGUCAGCAGAAUGCAGGAUCUGGACCCAGUGUUUGAGGAAGAGUCGAAGCCGAUCUACUGUCAGGGCUGUCAGAGCAUUUCUUUCUGCACCUUCACUCAGCUCUCACUACUGGUGGUGUGCUCCAAAUACUGGAGGGUGUUUGAUGCGGGGGAUUUCUCUCUGCUGUGUUCGGUGUCGAGUGAGAACAAUCAGUCGUGGGCUGGAGGAGAAUUCAUCGCCGCUGAUAAAGUCAUCAUCUGGACUGAAGACGGCUGCAGCUACAUUUACAAGCUACCGGCCAGCUGUCUGCCAGCGAGCGAACACUUCCGCAGUAAUGUGGGAAAAAAGUCUGAAGGUUCAAUCCCUCCUCUGGUGUACAGUAUAGCGGACCAAGCAGACAAACAGCUCCUCAUCUGUCCGCCAGUCACACGCUUCUUCUUUGGCCGCAGAGAGCCGUUUCACAAGCUGCUGAUGCAGGGAGAUUCUGCCGGACGACUGACGGUGUGGAGCAUCCCAGACGCAUCACCACCAAUACAGCAGCUCACCUCCGCUACAGAGCUGCAGGUGUCGGUGAGCAUCAGUCUUCAGGAGGCCUUUGAUAAACUCCUGCCAGCUCCAGCGGGCAUCAUUGACCAGCUCAGUGUCCUGCCCGGCGCUAGUGAGCCCAUUAAAGUCACAGCGAGCGUCUACAUCCCAUCCCAGGGCAGACUGGUGUGUGGACGAGAGGACGGCAGCAUCAUACUGGUUCCUGCCACACAGACGGCCAUCGUCCAGCUGCUGCAGGGGGAACACAUGCUGCGCCGCGGUUGGCCUCCUCACCGCACGCUGCGCGGCCACAGGCACAAGGUGACGUGUCUGCUGUAUCCACAUCAGGUUUCUCCACGCUAUGAUCAGCGCUCGCUGGUGUCUGGAGGAGUGGACUUCUCCGUCAUCAUCUGGGACAUCUUCACCGGCGAGAUGAAGCACAUCUUCUGUGUUCACGGAGGAGAGAUCACUCAGCUCAUCGUUCCUCCAGAGAACUGCAGCGAGCGCUGGACCGCUGUGUGAUGGGAAUCACAGCGGUGGAGAUCUUGAAUGCAUGUGAUGAGGUGGUGCCGGCGGCUCUGGACUCCCUCAAUCACCCUGCAGUGAACCUAAAGCAGGCCAUGACCCGGCGCAGUCUGGCCGCACUCAAGAACAUGGCGCAACACAAACUGCAGACGCUCGCUACAAACCUGCUGGCAGCCGACAACGCAGACAAGGGCAACCUUCCCAAAUACUCGCACAAUUCUCUGGUGGUGCAGGCGAUGAAGACGAACAUGACGGAUCCAGACAUGCACGUGCUGUUUUUCGACGUGGAGGCGGUGAUCAUCCAGUUACUGACGGAGGAGGCGCAGAGACCCAAUCCCACACUCGUCUCUCCUGAAACCCUGCAGAAAACACCCGGCGGAGCUGAUAAAGGCGGAUCUUUCCUGGCCAAUAAGAUCUUUAAACAGGUGAAGGAGACGAUUAAAGAGAACAUCAAGGAGCACCUGCUGGAUGAAGAUGAGGAUGAGGAGGAGGAGCAGCGGCGGCGCGAGGAGAAGUCCAAAUCUCUGAGUCUGCUGGAGUACAACCUGACCAUGGACACGGCCAAACUCUUCAUGUCCUGCCUGCACGCCUGGGGCCUGAACGCGGAGCUGGACGAGGUGUGCGUGAGCCGGCUGGGAAUGCUGCGCCCACACACUCCCAUCUCCUUCGGGCUGAUCUCGCGCGGCGGGCACAUGUCGCUGAUGCUGCCCACGUUUAAGGACUCUCUGCUGCGGGCGCUGGCUCUGGCGCAGGGGGCUGUCGAGGGCCGGAAGCUGUCCGUGUCGGAGGUGGUGGGCAAGGGGACGUACGGCGUGUCCAGAGCUGUGACCACACAACACCUGCUGUCUGUCAUCUCUCUGGCCAACACACUGAUGGGCAUGACCAACGCCACCUUCAUCGGGGAGCACAUGAAGAAGGCACCCGCCAGGCCCCCAAGACCAGGAACCCCUGAGACGCAGAGGAAGAGCAGCACACAGACCUCCAGCCCGGCCCUGCAGGGACAGAUCAAACAAGCUGCCGCCGCUGCUCCGUCUUCUGCUUCAGGAGUGUUUCAUUCUCCCUCAGUCAAUGAAGGAUGGAGUCAGCUGGCCGCUAUGCACUGUGUGAUGCUCCCGGAUCUGCUGGGUUUGGAUAAGUUCAGGCCUCCUCUGCUGGAGAUGCUGGCGCGCAGAUGGCAGGACCGCUGCCUGGAGGUUCGAGAGGCGGCUCAGGCUCUCCUGUUGGCUGAACUGAGGCGUGUGGGUCAGUCGGGCAGAAAGGACACCAUUGACCUGUGGGCUCCGUAUCUGCCGCAGUAUGUGGACACGGUCAGCUCUCCUGGGACCGCCCCUGAGACCGCCCCUCAAGUCCCACCCCCUGCUGAAGCCCCGCCCACAGAGACCAAAGUCCCAGAGGAGGAGAUGGAUGUGACGGAUGAUGACAUCACAGCAG